AUGAUUCAGGAGAUAUUUACACCAGCAGCAGGCUAUAUCAGUGCCAUUACCUGGAUGCACGUCGACGAUCGUAGUGAAGCAUCAUUUGCAUUUGGCGCUUCAGAUGGCAACAUUCAAGUUUACGAAAGGAGCAAUGAGGCAUUAUUCGAAUUCCAGAGCACGACCAUCGGCCACUCAAGUGCGGUAGAGUCGCUUGCUUGGGAUCCCGUCCAUCGACGAUUGGCGAGUGCCGGUAGUGGUCGUCCGCAUGUUUGGAAAUUCACAUCAGACAAAACUCUCGUGCCUAUCACCUCGCACCCUGAAAAGCAGCCGUAUGUUGCGCGCACGGUACACUUCUACGACAACGGUGCUUCCCUUCUGGUGUCAUUUCUGGAAAGCGGUGAAAUGUUGGUUGACGAUUGCAUCCUUGUUUUCAGUCAAACUCUUGCUUUCAGAUUCUGCUAUUCUAUCGAACCUUGGGAUUUAAAGUGGCGCAAGAAGGUGCAGGGAAGAAUCGGUAAUGCCGUCCUCGAGGGCAAUUUCCUCCUCUCCUACAACCAUGUGAUCCUCUGUAACGUUCCUCUGCAAAUCUCCAUUGCUCGCGAGGCGGGACUUGUUUUUGUUGGAGGUGAUGAUGGAUUUGCUCGUGUAUUCGAUUACAAUACAGGGGCAUAUCGAGGACAGCUGACACAUGGGAAUCGGGGCGAUCAGAUCAUCCCCGUCGCAUCGCACGAAGGGCGUGCUGGGUGCACCGUUGUCACUGGCAGUUGCUUUAACGGACACAGUAACGUGAAAGUCUGGGAAGAAGGCGAAUCGAUAUCGAUGGAGGAAGAUGUGAUGCCUGCCCCGCCCCUUGCGGGAGCUUCGUCCACCUUGCAACUUGCUCGAUUUGCUAUAAUCUGCGUAGACAAUCCAUCCAGCUUCACUGCCUCUGCAACUACCAUGUCACCUCCUCUCACGUGCGAAAUAUAUGUGGAGAUGCUGGAAUCGGAGGAGAAAUCAGAGUGGAUUAUGGACGUCGAUGCGGAUGUCUUCAUGGAAAUACUAAAGCUGGAGGGGGAUUCAGACGGGUGUAUGGACGUCGAUGCGGACGCCCUCACGGAAAUACUGAAGCUGGAGGGGGAUUCAGACGGGUGUAUGGACGUCGAUGCGGACGCCUUCAUGGAAAUACUAAAGCUAGAGGGGGAUUCAGACGGGUGUAUGGACGUCGAUGCGGACGCCUUCACGGAAAUACUGAAGCUGGAGGGGGAUUCAGACUGUUGUAUGGACGUCGAUGCGGACGCCUUCACGGUUCACACAUCUUAA